CGUCGCUGCAAUCCCUCAUUUCACAUACCAGCGGUGAAACACAACCGCCUCAUUUCACAAAUCCAGCGGUGGCCAUCACGCUCGUUCCACGGCGGUUUAUGAAAUUCGCGCCAUUACUUGCUCAGACCGCCUAAUUUCUCUUUCCUUCGCACUUCUCGCUAGCUCCACUACCCACUACUAACUGCCAUUACCCCAAUUUUUCAUUCUUCCCAAACCUAGCACGCCCAGAACCCCAAGUGCAGUGAAAAGAAAAUCUUCGUGCAAAACAAAAUUUGCAACGAAUCAUUGUUUAGCAAAAUUAUACGCAUUUGUUCCUAUCCCUGUUGUUUCUCCUUCUUGUUCAUCACUCUGAACGCACAAAUUUCUCUCUUAGAAGUGCACAUUUCUUCAAUUUAAGGAGUUCAUAAGAGCUAGAGCAUGUGGAGCUACAUGACGAGGAAGAAGAUGACGAGCCAAUUUUUUUUCUAAUUGAUGAAUGGAGAGAAUUCUUCGCAAAAGCUGAAGCAAGGAGGAAACAAGGUUAGCAAAUUUAUCCUCAGCACUCUCAUGUUAAUACAGACUUUUUAUAUAUGUCUUCUUAUAUAGAUACUUAUGCAAAGAGAUGUAGUGCAGUUUGUGUGUGUUGAUAUGUUUAGGAUUAUGUGUACUUUAUUCUCAAAUCUCAAGUGAACCUGUGGCAGUUGAGAAAUUGAGCAAGUCAUUUAGCCGGCAUACUGUUUCCUUCUUUGUUUUUGUAUCUCAAAUAUAUUUUUGAGUCAAAAUCCAUAAGAUGAAGUCAAGUGUGGUGUUGCUAAAAUUGAAAAAAUUGGAUGGAAAGAUUAGGACUAAUGAACCCGUUAUCGCUAAUGCACCUAGAGCAUGUUUUAUAAUCUCUAUAAACAGUUUUUUGAAACAAUCUAGUAGUUUGGUAAGUAAAAAGAUAGAUUUUUAAGUUGCGAAAUAGUUUAUAAGUAUAAAUCUUUUUUUGAAGUAUAAAUCCUUUUUUGAGGUUUAUAAUUGUAAGUAAAAGCUGGUUGUUGUUUCAGAAAUGUUGCUUUUACCAAAUGGAUCCUAAGUACUAAAUAAUGUAACAAAGAAAGCAACGUCUUUCAAGAAUUUCUUCCAAGAAAACAUCCGUAUUUUCAUUCUUAUUCUAAUUAGUCUUGGAUAAAAGGUCAAUAUUAUAAGUUUUUUUUUUUAUUAUUGAUAUAGAUUACAUUAUUCUCUUUAGAGUUACAGCCUAAGCUAAUAUUUUCAGCCUAAUAUAUAAUUAGCUUUUUCUUACAAAUAUCAAAAUCAAUUCUAUAUCCCUAAUUUAAUUUCAACUCCAAACACUUUGCUAUGUACGUAAAUUAUGGAAAUUAAAUCUCUUGAUUUGACUGAAUAUGAAAUCAAUGUUAAGGACUUAACUCAAAUUAAAUUAGUUGAGGUUGAGCUUGUAAUUUUUGAAUUCUAAUAAUUUAGAUGAAAAGAGAAAAGAAAAGAAAAUGAUAUCUCAGUAGUUCGGUGGUUUGACAACGACUACAAAUAUUGUGAUCAUCAGUGGUUUAAUAAUGAUGAACUUAAAUUGUUAAAAAACUGGCCCUUUUUAUUUGAUAUUUUGUUCAAUUAUUGCCUUGUCAUUACCUUUUUGAAAUCAUUGAUAAGGAAAAAUAUCAUCGACAGUGUGAAUAUCACAAUUUGGGUGCAAGUUGUUAUGGUGGCAUCAAUGUGUAUUGUCAGUUUGUCACACAACAUAAAUAUGUGAUAGAUUGUGUUCAAAGGAAGAAGUUGCAUGCAGAUACCAUCUGCAAUUGCAUUUAUCUUUAUCAUUAAUGAUCUAAAAAGAAAAGACAAGAAAAGGAGUUGGAGUCAGCUUGGAGCAAUGGACAACUUUUAUUGAUUAUAGAUUAAGGUCCAGAACUCAGGUAAUUGUAUGAACACACAUUCUAUAUUUCACUUUAUAUUGACAAAUUGCUAAUUGAAUUUGCAUGGGUAGGAAAUGUGUGAGAAAAAUGCAAGUAAUCGAGAAAAACAAAUAAUUCCUCGUACACUCGGAUCCAAGACGAUUGCUAGGAAGAAACACGAGUUGAAAACUGCAAACAAGAGAGUUUUUACUAGAGCUGAAAUAUAUCCAAUUAGUCAUAAGAAGAAGGAUGGAUCUUUGGUUAAUGAUGAGGCUAGAGAGAAAAGUGAACAAUUAACUUUGCUUCAAGCUAAUGAGAGUUCUACUGAUGAUGCAUAUAUCAAGUUAUUUGGAAAAGAACACCCAGGUCGUGUUAGAGGUGUAGGAUUUGGUGUUGGUCUCUCCCAAGUCAUGAAAUCUUCUAAUAGUUUAGGAGGGGUAUCUUCUUCAUGCAAUCAUGACUUUGAUAUGGCUAAAGUUUGCUCUAUGGAAGUAGAAUUACAAGAGAAUAAAGCAACAAUUUCUUUAUUACAAGCCCAGGUGACAUAUUUCAUUAAUCAUUGUAUGGGUGGAAAAGUGCCACAUGACUUUCCUACAGCUACGAAUGAUGGGGUUACAAACUCUCCAAUAGAGACAAGGCCACCUUCUACUAUUCCAUGAAGAAGUUGUAGAAUUUUAUGAUUGAAGUGACUGAAGACUUUUAUUAUCAAAGUAACUCUUUAUUUUAAACUUUUAGCUUAGUUAAAUAUUAGUAGCAAAAUUCUUUUCUAAUUCAAUUUUAGUAUUGCGCUAUUUGAAUUUACUUUGAUAUGUAAAUAUAGGUGUUAAACACUGAUUGUGUUGGAUUUAUGAUUAU